AAUUGCUUUUUAAAGAUAAGCUUUUCAUAGCUUAUGGCUUUUUCAAGAGGAAAAUUUGUAUAGUAAUGUUGUAAGACUUUCAAUUAAAUGUCGCUAAUGAAAACGUAACCUUAUUUUUUUUUUAAGAAGCUCUAGCCAAACUUCAAACCAUGUCUGGAGGAGAAGAAGAUAUACAAAACCUAACAACAGCCAAACUUCAAACUACAUCUGAAGUAGGAGGAGGAGAUACAAAGAAUACAAAGGUAGAUGAUGCGUAUAGGUUUCUUUUUAACGUUAAGGAAAGGUUUAAGGACGACAAUAACGAUGUAUUCAAUUCUUUUAUCGACAAUUUAUUGAAGUUGAAAAGUGGGAGCAAGUCGAUGAACGAGGUUUGCCAUGAGACUACGAUACAAUUUCGGGAGCAUCCUGAUUUGCUUUUGGAAUUUGCUCCAUUUUUGGCUGGUUUUUCUCAAGAAAGUUUAGUUCGUGACGCAGGGAUGUCUAUAGUCGAUAAAGAUAGUGUCGUUGCAAGGGUGGAGGAACUCAUGAAAGGUCAUCAAGAUCUGCUUCUUGGUUUCAAUGUCUUCCUUUCACCUGAGGCUAAGAAAGCUGCUCGUACUAAAAAGAAACUUGAUGCUGCAAAGGAUUUUAUGAACAAUCUUAAGACACGGUUUCAGAGACUUGAUACUCAUGUAGUGGGGGAAUUUCGCGGGAUAAUGAAGAUGUAUAAAGAGGGAAAGAUGUCGGUAAAGAAGGUGCGCGAGGAGGUCACUGAUGUUCUCUUCUAUCAUGAAGAUUUGAUUGAGGACUUUCUCAGAUUUUUCGAAAAGAAACCUGUAGCAUCAGCAUCACUACUACUUCAAUUAUAACGAGAGAUGUAUUUAUAAACGAGAAUGGAGUGUAUAGUUUCUUUUGUAGAGAGAGGUUUUAGUUUAGUUCGAUGCUUCUGACAUGCACUUGUGUUUUGUUAUUAAAUCUUUGCUUUUUAG